AUGGAACGAGAGCGCCCCUGCACAUUUCUCAUCCACAACGACACAGUCGACAUCCCUGUGUCGCAACUGAAGGAACAGCUCGAAAAUGGAGAUCUCGCAGUCAAGAUCUCGGCCCUCAAGAAGAUCAUCCUCUUGACACUGAAUGGACAGCCGCUCCCCCAGCUCCUCAUGUCGGUCAUUCGCUUCUGCAUGCCUCAGAAGGACAAGACCAUGAAGAAGCUUCUCCUCCUCUUCUGGGAGCUCUGCGAGAAGACUGGCCCCGACGGCAAGCUUCUCCACGAGAUGAUCCUCGUGUGCUCGCACUUCCGUAACGAUCUCAACCACCCGAACGAGUACGUGCGGGGCAGCACGCUGCGCUUCCUGUGCAAGCUCAAGGAGGCAGAGAUCCUCGAGCCGCUGGUGCCCUCCGUGCGCGCCAACCUCGAGUACCGCCACGCCUAUGUGCGCCGCAAUGCCGUGCUGGCCGUCUACAGCAUCUACAAGGCCUUCUCUUUCCUCAUUCCCGACGCUCCCGAGCUCAUCUUCAACUUCCUCAACACCGAGGGAGACGCGGCGUGCAAGCGCAACGCGUUCAUCAUGCUCUUCAACUGCGAUCAGGACAAGGCGAUCGAAUACCUCAGCUCGGUCAUCGGCCAGGUCAACACCUUCGGCGACAUUCUUCAAAUUAUCGUGAUCGAGCUCAUCCGCAAGGUCUGCAAGUCCACCGCCUCGGGCAGCGACAGGGCCAAGUACCUCAAGUGCCUGUUCGAGCUCCUCAAGGCGCCGUCGCCCGCCGUUCAGUUCGAGGCCGCCGGCGCGCUCGUCGGUCUCACCUCCGCGCCGACCGCCGUGCGCGCUGCCGCCGCCACCUUCAUCCAGCUCCUGUGUAACGAAGCGGACAACAACGUCAAGAUCAUCGUCACGGACAAGCUCGACGCUAUUAGGCUCAAGCACAAGAAGACGCUGCAGCCGCUGCUGAUGGACAUCCUGCGCGCGCUGUCGACGCCCAACAUGGACAUCCGCAAGAAGACCCUCGACAUCGCGCUCGACCUCGUCUCGCCCCAGAACAUCGACGAAGCCAUCCUCUACCUCAAGAAGGAGAUCGCCAAGACCCAGGUGGCCGGCUUCGAGAAGGGUGGCGAGUACAGGCAGAUGCUGAUCCAGGCCAUCCACGCGUGUGCGGUCAAGUACCCGUCGGUGGCCAGCAAUGUGGUGCUCGCGCUGAUGGACUUCCUCGGCGACGCCAACAUCCCGACGGCCGUCGAGGUGGUCACCUUUGUGCGCGAGGUCGCCGAGACCUAUCCCGAGCUCCGCGAGUCCAUCCUCCGCAAGCUCUUCCUCUCUCUCAAGCACAUCACCGCCUCCUCCGUGUACCGGACGGCGCUUUGGGUGCUGGGCGAGUAUGCGCUGACGACGGACGACAUCGACCAGGCGUUCUCGACGCUCAAGGGCGAGAUCGGUGCGCUGCCGCUGGUCAAGGACGGCAGCGAGGACGAGAACGAGGGCGGAGACAAGGAGAAGAAGGAGAAGGCCGACGUGCUCCUGAGCCCGCAGCUCCCCUCCAGCCGUCCGGCCAUCCUCGCCGACGGCACCUACGCCACCCAGAGCGCCUUCUCCGUGCCCAAGAUCACUGCUCCUCAAGAAAACGAGGGAAGCUUGCGUCGUCUGUUGGAGGCGGGCGAUUUCUUCCUGGGCUCGGCGCUGUCGACGACACUCACGAAGCUCGUGCUGCGAUCGUUCCUCGAGGAGGACCUGGAGGCCAGCCAGAAGCACGCCUUUGCCGUGGAGGUGCUCCUCAUCAUGGUCAACAUCCUCAAGCUGGGCAAGUCCCCGCAGACCAAGAACCAGAUCGACGACGACUCGUACGGCCGCAUUUGCUCGUGCAUUCGAAUUUUGAGCGAUGGCGGGUUCCUCUCCCGCAAGCACAACGGCGCGGACGAGGCCGAGGCCGAGGAGGCAGAGGAAGAAGACGGCACCACGACCACGACGAAGGCCAGCAGCAAGCCCAGGCAGGCCUCGUUCAUCCGAGAGCUGUACCUGCAGUUCUGCCGCGACUCGUUCUCCGACAUGUUGCGACAGAAGCAGAAGGAGGAGGCCGAGAAGAAGAAGGAGAAGGACGAGCAGGUCAGCGUGCAGGCCGACGACCUCCUGGUCCUGCGCCAGCUUCGGGCCAACCGGGUCGUCGGAGCUGAUGAAGCGGACGACCUGGAGGACGAUCUCGGCCAGGUGACCGGCCUUCAGAACGAAGACUCCAAGCAGGGACUGCAGCUCAACAGGCUGCGUCAGCUGACCGGUCUCAGCGACCCCGUCUACGCCGAGGCCUAUGUCCAGGUCCACGUCUACGACAUCGUGCUCGACGUCCUCGUCAUCAACCAGACCCCGGACACGCUGCAGAACCUGUGCCUGGAGCUGGCCACGCUGGGCGACCUGAAGCUGUGCGAGCGCCCGCGCAACUACAACCUCGGACCCUUCGACUCGAAGCGCAUCCGGGCCAACAUCAAGGUGUCGUCGACGGAGACCGGCAUCAUCUUCGGCAACAUCGUGUACGACGUAGCCGGCCAGGCCACCACGCUCAACGCCGACAAGAACUGCGUCAUCCUCAACGACAUCCACAUCGACAUCAUGGACUACAUCUCGCCGGCCCAGUGCACGCACGUCGACUUCCGCAACAUGUGGUCCGAGUUCGAGUGGGAGAACAAGGUGGUCGUCAACACCGAGAUCAGGGAUGUAAAUGAGUAUCUGGAGCACAUCAUGAAGGUGACCAACAUGGGCUGCCUCACCCCCAAGAAGGCACUCGAAGGCGAGUGCGGCUUCAUCUCUGCCAACCUCUACGCCAAGAGCGUUUUCGGCGAAGAUGCGCUGGCCAACCUGAGCAUCGAGCGGCAGCCGGAGACGGGCAAGAUCGAGGGCUCGAUCCGCAUCCGCAGCAAAAAGCAGGGCAUCGCGCUCUCCCUGGGCGACAAGAUCACCUCCUCGCAGCGCACCAACAAGACCAAGGAGGAGGUCAAGGCCUGGCUCAAGUAG